AUCAGAGUGCCACACAGCUGAGAGGCGGCGCCGUGUCACCUACAACUUAGUACUGGCGACAUGUUCGCCGGCCAGUGAAAUAAUCUACAUUAGUACUCCGUAUCUACUGCCGAAAUGAUUACUUUCCCCUAGGCCAGAGCAGAAGAACUGGAGCCGAGAUGUCAAACCAACGACUGAUGAUUGGUGGAGCCACGGCCAAUUUGUCAGCAAAACUCGCCGGUCGUCACGUGCGCUCAUUGCGUCAGAGGCCGGGCGGUCGGAAGAAAGCGUUGGAGUUUCCCAUCUGGAUGCUUUUCUUCGGUUAGGAACGAGACAGAUACACGCCACUCAGCUCUCUACUAUCUCAACAAUAUGUCUGUCAGCUCGGCCUCCGGAAACAUGCUCAGGCGCACCCUCUUUAGCGUCCGAUUGACGACGCAGCAACUGAGCGCCACCGAGUGCUCCUCCCAGGUCGCCCGACCCGCGGUGUUUGGAUCAUACAGAAGUGUCCACCGUUCGGCUCGAUUGCCCGCCAUCACUGCCUCCGAGGCUCGUCGCCGGCCGACCUGGAAGCCUCAUCAGCAUUCGACCGUGCAGGCUCGUGUGAACGGACCCUCGCCGUCGAGCAAGCGGACGAUAUUCAUUCAGACAGAAAACACUCCGAACCCUGAUGCAUUGAAAUUCAUCCCUAACCAUCGUGUCCUCCCCGAGGACUUCCCAUCCACAUUCCUCGAGUACCUGUCACCCCGCUCCACCCUCGCUGCUCCGCACCCCUCUCCCUUGGCAGCGAGCCUGCUCAACGUCGACGGUGUCACCUCCGUAUUCUACGGACCUGAUUUCAUCACUGUGACCAAGGCGACCGACUCGAACUGGGCCCACAUCAAGCCCGAGGUCUUCAGUCUCAUCACCCAGGCCGUGACCUCGGGCGAGGCUAUCGUGAACACUAUUGCCAAGACCGGUGCUGAGCAUGGACAGGAGGGUGGUGAGUCGGAGUCUCUGAGCUAUGAUGAGGAGGAAGAUGAGGUUAUUGGAAUGAUCAAGGAGCUUUUGGACACGAGAAUCCGGCCCGCCAUCCAGGAGGAUGGUGGCGACAUUGAGUUCCGGGGCUUCGAGAACGGUAUUGUCUUGCUGAAGCUGCGUGGAGCUUGCCGGACUUGCGAUUCGAGUACCGUGACUCUGCGCAAUGGUAUCGAGUCUAUGCUGAUGCACUACAUCGAGGAGGUCCAAGGAGUGGAGCAAGUGCUGGACCAGGAAGAGGAGAUCUCGAUGCACGAGUUCGCCAAGUUCGAGGAAAAGCUGCGCCAGCAGAAGGGCGCUGCUGCCACUGCGUCGACGGGUGGCAAGGGCACGUUGGAUUCGGCUCCUUAGUUCAAUUAAUCUUUUCACUUGUAUUCUAUGUUUCACUCAUUCAUCUUGGAUAUACCGCUUUUGC